CGAGGUUGAGAGAUGGAGAGUGUAAUACACAAACUUUAAGGGGUCAUUCAGUUACCGAGAAUAAAAUACUAAUUUCGAUAUAAAAUUUGUGAUUAUAUUUGUCCAAUAUUUGGCUAUUGUCUUGGUACAGCUAAAACCAAUAUAAAUUUUGUAGCAAAAUCUUGAUAUAAAUAUGGAUCACAUAUUGGAUAGUGGGUUAAAAUUACAGGAUUAUUAAUCUCGAAAUUAUAAUCCCUCAGAACUAAAUGAUAUCUUAAAGACAAACUUGAUUGCCUCCGGACAUAUAAGCAACUGUUAUUGCAAAUUUGUGACUCUGCUUUGACUAUUACAAACUUUGUUUUGCCGUUGGAUUAAGGUUAAACUAGUAAUCAGCUUCUGCACAUAAUGUCGUCUUGCCUUAAAAGAUUAGCUUCCAUUCGUUCCCUUUCCUCUAUAACUGGACUGGUUCGUAGCAAAUCUCACCCAAGGUUGGUUGAAAAUUUGUUAGCCCGAAGACUUGCAUCAGCAACUACUUCUUCCGAUUGUUUCUCUGUAGGCGAAAGAGCUUCAAAGCAUUACUCUACUGGGCCGGGUACCACAGUGCACCUCGAAUGUGCUUUGAAUUCAAGACUUCAGAAUGAUGGUGAGGUUGAUCAUCGAGAUUACCUCAGAUGGGGCAAUGGCGGUGGGACUUUUCACAAGUCGGCUAGCAUUGAUCCCUCGGCUUUUGUGGAAAUUGGUGCUGUAGUACAUUCAGAAUGUGCAGUGGGUGCAGAGUGUCGCAUUGGCUGCGGAGCAAUCAUUGGACCUACAGUCACUAUAGGCCAAUCAACGAAAAUAGGCUACAAUGUUGCAUUGGCUAAUUGCAUGGUUGGUGACUUUUGUGUUAUCCACAGCGGAGUCUGCAUUGGUCAAGAUGGUUUUGGAUUUUUCGUAGAUGAGCAAGGAAAUAUGGUGAAAAAGCCUCAAAAGCUGAAUGUGAGAAUAGAAAACCAUGUAGAAAUAGGUGCAAAUACGUGUAUCGAUAGGGGCAGUUGGAGGGAUACAGUAGUUGGAGAACAUACAAAGAUAGAUAAUUUAGUUCAGAUAGGCCACAAUGUAGUGAUUGGGAGAAGCUGCAUCAUAUGUGGACAAGUCGGGGUUGCGGGUUCAGUGACUAUAGGUGACUAUGUAACUUUCGGAGGAAGAGUCGGGAUCCGUGAUCAUGUAAACAUUGCCUCAAAGGUCAGGUUAGCAGCUAAUAGCUGCGUCACCAAGGAUAUUAGUGAGCCUGGAGAUUAUGGUGGCUUUCCUGCUAUUCCUAUACGUGAUUGGCGAAGACAAAUUGCUAUGCAUCGUCAAUCCUUGAAGUCCACCAAUUCCUUGGCCUAAA